UAUCCAGGAAGUAAAAAAAUAUCAACAAUCGCUCCAGGUUCCACUCCUGAGCUAAGUGUCAGUGUAGCCUCGCAGCGAGGGAGCAAUACGUGAUUUCCUCGGCUUUGUCGCAUAUUUUUUUUAUUAUUUAAUUAGCUUGAGAUAUGUCGUUUAUCGGUAGAUUUUUAGGAGGAGGAGGGAAAGGAGGAAAAGGACCGAGCCCACAGGAGGCGAUCCAGAAACUCCGAGAGACGGAGGAGAUGCUAACGAAGAAACAGGAAUUCCUAGAGAAAAAGAUCGAGCAGGAACUGCAGAUUGCCAAGAAAAACGGCACGAAAAACAAAAGAGCGGCUCUGCAAGCUUUAAAAAGAAAGAAGCGAUAUGAGAAACAGCUUGCCCAGAUCGACGGCACGCUGUCGACCAUCGAGUUCCAGAGAGAAGCUCUGGAGAAUGCCAACACAAACACUGAAGUGCUCAAGAACAUGGGCUUUGCUGCAAAGGCUAUGAAAUCUGCCCAUGAAAACAUGGACAUUGACAAGGUGGACGACCUGAUGCAGGACAUAACAGAGCAGCAGGAGCUUGCCCAGGAAAUCUCUGAUGCCAUCUCCAAACCUGUUGGCUUUGGAGAAGAAUUUGACGAGGAUGAGCUUCUAGCAGAGUUGGAUGAGCUGGAACAGGAAGAGCUGGAUAAAAACCUGCUGGAGAUUGGGGGACCAGAGAACGUCCCCCUUCCCAAUGUGCCUUCAACUUCAUUACCUUCCAGACCUGCCAAAAAAGAGGAAGACGAGGAGGACAUGGAGGAUCUGCAGCGCUGGGCUAUGGAGGCCAUGUAAAUACAGCAUCUUCCUUAUCAUACCUGCAUCAGAGAAGGAGGAAGAAGAUUCAACUUGUGGAGAGAAUGAAAUGUGGGGGAGUUCUUUAUGAGUGUUUUGGUGUGUAUAAUGAGAAAUGACUUUAACUUUAUGUAACACUAUGAAAAAGCAAAAUGCUGUAGUCUUUCUUUACCCAACCUUUCACAAAAAUAGAGCCUCCUGGGUGCUCGGCAAACAAGCUGAUCAGGGGCUUUUAUAUUGAAGUUCUAUCACUGCAUCCUGUCAAAUUCACCUCAUACAUCUAUCCCUGAUUUAAACAAAUGCUAGCACUUUGUGGUCCUUGUUCUGGGAGGGCUAAGACAACGACCACAGAGUUUGCAUUGAAGUAUAAUGUAAUACGCAGUGUGGUGGCAUACAGGCGUUUGGGUCUAACGGGCAUUGAGGCGUUGUUGACAUUACUGGCAACAGGGGGAUUUUAUUGGAGCUUACUCUUCACAGAUCUCUUCCUGACUCGCAUAUUGGCCAGCAUUUAUGGGGUUGAACUCGCUGGAUGUUUUGUUUUAUCCUUGACAACAAUAACAAUCCUUUGGAAAAGUGGAGCACAGCUGAUCACGAGUUAGAAGAAGAAGCCAGAAACUCAAACCAUUUUUGUUCAGGCUGUGUGCUCUUUCCGUUUACCUGCUCCUCUUUACCAGAUGUUGACAUUUCAGCAACUUCCCCCUCCCUUAAAGGCAUUUCUUCCAAUGUUCCUGUUAUUUGGUGUAAAUAUUGCAAAUGUCUCUUUUUGUAUACUGUUUCUGCCACCACCGAGAGGUUCUGUUGAGGUUGUGUGAAGCAUGCAGCAGUGGAGAUUCACAAUCUAGGUAACAACACCCAGCUAGUGAGAGAAAUGUUUAACACUUACAUCCUACUCUGCCUCUUUUGGUCCUUCAUAAAUGUCUUGUUUUUUUCAAAAUGUAUAAUGUUUAGUUAAGUACUGUCUCACCUUUAAUGCAUUUCGAAGGUUUAUAAAAGAUUAGAUGCUAUAUCAGCAUUUGAGUUUUAAGUCCUUACAUUUUCAGAGGCAUGAUGUAAAUUUUUUACAUAGCAAAAAAAGAAAUUACGCAAGGAUGUGUGGACAAGCAUGUUCGCAUUUCUAUGUUUUAUUUAUCCCAAUGACAGUAUUAUUUGCGGUCAUUAAAAGAUUUCAAUUCUUG